AAACCGCACUGCUUAUAUCUGAUUGGCUGGGAAAAACUAUGACGUGACUUGUAAAACGGGGAGACGACGCAAAGCUUGUUUUGGAUCAAACUUAAUGAAAGUUGAUUCAGACAUGAGUGACUUUUCCCUUAACCCUCUUGUUCUGAUUGGUAUUGGGUCCAAUUUUGCAUUUUCUGGCCUUUUUUAUCAUUUAUAUCAGAAUAAAAAACAGGAAGUGGAUGAACUAAAGAAAAUACCAUGUUUUAGACCAGAUCAGCAUUUGGUUAAAGCACUGAAGGCGUCCCGCCACAACAGACUUCACUAUGCUGCUGUUGAAGGUGUGGUUCAAGCAGACGCAGAACCUCUGGCGAGCCGGUUUGUGCCGAGAUGCUUUGGAGUCAUUCAGAAGAUAAAUUUGCAGGAAUUUUGGAAAUACUGGAACUCUGUCAGCAAUAGCUGGGACAUAAAGACAGUCAACAAGACAGAGAAAAACAACUUUGUGCCUUUCAGCCUCGUUAGCCAUGGAUCCUACAUCCCUGAUGUUUUUGUAAAAUUCCAAGAUCCUCUGGAGUUCUCAAGUUUUAUCUUGGAGACUAUACACCAUGAAAUUAGAUGUGUGGAGGAGAGAUUGGGGGAGAUGGAGGGUCUGAGUGGUGAGAAACCGGUGGCGCUGGAGGAGGUGGAGGAGCUGCUGCGUGUGGGGAGCACCGUGACGGGCUUUGGAGAGGUGGUUCUGGAGGGGGAUCAAGUGAUCAGGCUGCAGCCCCCAAAGGACGGCCGCAAGUACUUCCUGACGCCCACCGACCACAGAGGCUUCAUCAGCCAACAUGAGGGAGUCGCUAGCUUGUGGAAGACGUUGUCUGCUGUCACCGGGAUCACGGGGACUGCCAUCCUCGCCGGUUUGGUUUACAGUUUCUUUGAAAAAAAGGAUGACAGGUCCAAAAAGGUUUGAGGAUCUGGAAGUUUCCAAGCUGCACAGGUGGUGCCACAACCUGACGCUGCUUCAGGAGUCUUCAUGCUGACGCUGAACUGAAGCAGUUUUAAGUAAAUGUUUAAUACAUAAAAAAACACAGAUUUCAAAACCUUCCUCCUGAAACUUAAUUUUUUAAAAAGUCCUUCAUAAAAUUAGGAAUUCCUUUUCAAAAAAUGUUCAAAAAUAAAACCUAAUACAGUGCAUUUAGUACAACCUAGUAUGUUUUUCAUUUUAAAAUCAAAUCGGUCGAACAAACUCACCUAAAAGGAUCAAAUGUAAAUAAAGUAACCAACUGCUAAAUAAAAUGCAAACUUGUUCUUAAAGUUGAGAUAUAAACAUGGAAAAGUUUAUAUGACUUGUGAUAUUUGACCUAGUUUUUAAUUUAAGAAAUAUGCAUUUUAUAUAUAUAUUUUAUGACAUGUGACAAAAUAAUAUAGCUUUUACAUUGUUGUAGCUGCUGAACUGUUGAUGUCCCAAUUAACCUUUGACCUCAAUCUUUGAUUUUCUUCAUUUCAAUUUUACUUGAAAUUGAUUCAUUUGGUAUCAGCAGUGAGAAAGACUGAAAGUUGUUGCAAGUCAGAAAUAUUCUCUUUUAGUUUUUUUAUUUGUGGUUCUUGUGUUUCAGACAAACUUUUUGAAGGUUCUAGCCAUUUGCAGGAGGUGAUGUGAUCACUUAAAAAAGUAAUGGCUGGAUCCUGAUGCAUUUUGUGUGAUACAUAAUAAAUAAAAUAUGCAUACUUCUCCAGGAAAAAGGUGGAAACUGUUACUUUCAUUGUUGGAGAAGCCAAACUUGCACUUCAUGUCAGCUGAAAUUGCGGACAAACCUCUUGCACUACAGUGUCCACUCCAGGUUGAAGCUGGAAUUCUCUUUUUUUUAGAGUGUCUGUUUAUCCUUUUUUUUAAGUGUAUAAACUUUAAGAAUGUUCUUUGCUCUGAUAAUAAAUUAUGUUUUGCUGCUA